UUCGCUCUCCAUUUCUCUUCUUUAAACUUACAAAACAAGGGUACAAAUAUCUUGUCUUAUCUCCUCCUAUACUCUCAUCCAGUCCAUUAACUUCAAUUAAAAAAACACCCCCGAUGGCAGCCACCACCAUUAACGACGUCCCCGAUGUUAUUCUAUUGAACAUCUUCGCUUCUAUCUCCGACACCCGAACCCGCAACUCCAUCUCACUCGUCUGCCGUAAGUUCAUGCUUUUGGACAGGGUCACGCGCCUCUCCCUUACGCUCCGCGGCAACGCCACGGACCUUUACAUGAUCCCCAUCUGUUUCAGAUCUGUUACUCACUUGGACCUCUCCUUCCUCUCCCCUUGGGGUCACUCCCUUCUCUCCUCUUCUCCGCUCGUUGAUCCUCUGCUCUUGGCUCAUCGCCUCCGCGUUGCGUUCCCCGCCGUCACUUCCUUGACGGUUUAUGUUAGAUCUCCGUCCACUAUCGAGGUUUUGGUCCAACAAUGGCCUGGGUUGAAGCGUGUGAAGCUGGUGAGGUGGCACCAGCGGCUCGCCUCCUGGCCAAUCGGACAAGAUUUCGUUUGUCUGUUCAAGCAGUGCCAGAAUCUGAAUUGGCUCGACUUGUCCAGCUUUUAUUAUUGGACCGAAGAUCUGCCCCCGGUUCUUCAAUAUUGCCCCGAGGUAUCGUCCUCGUUAGUCCACUUGAAUUUGCUAACGACGUCCUUUGCUGAAGGGUUUAAAUCUCAGGAGAUUAAAGAAAUCACCGCAGCUUGUCCUAACUUGAAGAACUUUUUGGUGGCCUGUAAUUUUGAUCCUAGAUACAUUGGGGUCGUCGGAGAUGAGACCUUGUUGGCCGUGGCCACUAACUGUCCUAAAUUGACUCUUUUGCAUUUGGCUGAUACAUCGUCCUUGGCCGAUGUUCGAGGUGAUCCGGACAACGAAGGAUUUACUUCCGAGGAUGCCGUGGUUACCAGUGCAACACUGGUGGAGUUCUUCUCCGGCUUGCCGAUGCUUCAAGAGCUCGUGCUUGAUGUUGGCCGGAACGUAAGGGAUACUUCGUUGGCGUUGGGAAUGUUGAACUGUAAAUGCAAGGAUUUGAGAGUGCUGAAGCUGGGGCAGUUUCAUGGGAUAUGUCUGGCGAUUGAAUCUCAGCUCGACGGGAUUGCCUUGUGUUCGGGGCUGCAAGAGCUUUCUAUUAAGAAUUGCGGAGAUUUGACGGAUAUGGGAUUGAUUGCGAUCGGGAGAGGGUGUUGUAAGCUGUCUAGCUUUGAAGUUCAAGGAUGUAAAAGGAUUACUGAGAAGGGACUCAGGACAAUGGCUUGCUUGCUAAGAAAUACGUUGGUUAAGGUCAAGGUUUCUUGUUGCAAGAAUCUUGAUGCUGCAGCUUCAUUGAGAGCUGUGGAGCCAAUCCGUGAUCGGAUUCAAUGGCUGCAUAUUGAUUGUGUCUGGAACGGAUUGGAUGAGAUAGGGAAUUCCGAGCACAGCUUUCAGCACGACCGAUUGGAAAUGGGAAGCAGCAGCGAGUAUGAUGAACACAUGAUGAGCAGGAAGAGAUGCAAAUACUCUUAUGACGUACCUUUCACUUUGAGGGGACGCCACAAACCAGCUGAAUGUGCAUUCGGAUUGAGCUCCCUUGCAAUAUACCCUCGGCUUUCGAAGAUGCAACUAGAUUGUGGUGAAACCAUAGGGUAUGCACUCACAGCACCGUCGGGCCAAAUGGACCUAAGCUUGUGGGAAAGGUUUUACCUUAAUGGCAUCGGCGAGUUGAGGCUAAGUGAACUAGAUUACUGGCCUCCGCAAGACAGGGAUGUCAACCACAGGAGCCUCUCACUUCCUUCAGCUGGAUUGCUGGCGGGAUGUCUUGAUCUUAGGAAGUUGUUUAUCCACGGGACGGCUCAUGAACACUUCAUGAUGUUCCUCCUUAAAAUCCCAAAUCUCAGAGACGUGCAAUUGAGAGAAGACUACUAUCCGGCACCUGAGAAUGACAUGAGUACAGAAAUGAGAGCAGGCUCGUGUAGUCGAUUUGAAGCUGCUCUCAAUAGGCGGAUCAUCCUCGACUGAAAUGAAGGAUCCUACCCAGAUUAGAUCAUAUUCAUGCUUGGUAAGAACAAGAGUUUUUCUUUUCCCCCUUUCAAUUUUAAGAAAUUGUAAGAGGCUCAUACAUGCCCCAUCCGCCAUCUUUGGCCUAAUUUUGUACCGAGAAGUGCCGAUU